AACAGUCGUCAGUCCGUCAGUCGUCAAACAGUCGGCCGCACGUCACUGUCACUGUUCACUGCCCUCGACCACGAUCUGCCACGUUUUCACUAACGGAACGGMUUUUUUUUCCGAAUUUUGUUUUUUUCGUCUUCUCAAUCGACGAUCGUGUGCAUAAUCCGCACAKAUUCCCAACGAUGAGGAGCAGCUGGUUACGCGUGUUGGCCGCGGUGUGCGYCACCGUGGCGCUGGCCCAGGCCGCCGAACCACAUCACCAACAGGACGCCGUCGGCCAGACCGAGACGUUGCCCAACGGUCUGAAGAUCGAGUACGUGUACACGUUGGAUGGAUGCGAUCCCAAGUCCAAGAACAACGACAUGCUCACCAUGCACUACACCGGCAAGCUGCUUGAUGGCACCAAGUUCGAUUCAAGUCACGACCGAGACCAGCCAUUCACUUUCCAACUGGGUGUGGGACAAGUGAUCAAGGGAUGGGAUUUGGGAUUGACCAAAAUGUGCGUCGGUGAGAAGAGGAGGUUGACCAUACCAGCCAAUCUAGCGUACGGUGACCGCGGAGCCGGAAAUGUCAUCCCCGGAGGAGCCACUUUGAUGUUCGACGUCGAGCUGUUGAACAUUGGUGACCAGGCGCCUACCACAAACGUGUUCAAGGAGAUCGACCAGGACCAGGACAAACAGCUGUCCAGGGACGAGGUAAGCGAAUAUCUGAAGAAGCAGAUGGCAGCGGCCGAGGGCGCAGAGGGUGGUGAUGACAUCAAGCAGAUGAUGUCCGACCACGAGAAGCUUGUCGAGGAGAUAUUCCAACACGAGGACAAAGACAAGAACGGGUUCAUAUCGCAUGAUGAGUUCACCGGGCCCAAGCACGACGAGCUUUGAUGUGGGACACGUCGUUGAUGUGUUUGUGGGUUGGAGGUGGGAGGAGCCGGUUCGUGGAAUUAUGCCGCGCACGUCAUCAUUUAUGGCAUAUUAUUAUACGUAUUAUAAACGUAUACAUACAUAUUAUGAUAUCUGGACGCUUAAUCGGGGUACUCCAGCAUUAUUUUACUUAUUAUUAUUAUUAUUAUUAUUAUUAUUGUUUUUAUUUUAACUACUUUUAUUUUUUGGGGAAGUUCGCCAAAAACAAAAAACCAAAAUCCCUUUAAGAGAAAUGUUUUUAUUUUAUUUCUUUUUAUGAAUAAUAUAAUAUUAUAUUUAUUUGAUUCAGACACAAAAUUAGCAUAAUAUACAUCUUUAUAAUAUUAUUAUGUAUAGUCGUAAUUGGGCUACUACUUUAAGUAUAUUAUAAAUUUUUUAUAGUCCACGGAUUUUUUGUUUAAUUGAAAACUUUUGUAAGAAGACUGUUKUAAUAAAAAUGUUUUAUAU